UGGUUGGCGUGACGUCACUCACCGCAACCUGACAAUGGAGUCCACGAAUGGCGUACUUAAUUGUUUCGGCUUUCUACCUGUUUAUCCAGGGGGUUCAUUUCUGGCUUGCAAAAUACAACUUUGCAGUCUUGCGUUCACGGCAAGGGAGUGCAUGUCACGAAUCUAUUCGGAUGUUGAGCUCCGCGGUGUUCCGAAGAUGCGUGGGGUGGCUUUCCGUGUUGUGUCGCCAACAGAACCUUGUGUCCAAUAGCGGGAAUGGAUCAAUGGAAUGUGUUGUUUGUGCCACAUCUGCCCUGCAGUUAGUACAUCGCGCACUUGAGGUAGGCGUGGGAACCACGAGAGGACCAAACAUAUGGCAAAAACAUCGCGCAAAAUGGAUCAACUGAACCUGAGAGCGGGAGCCAUCUUGUUUCCAUCUUGUUUUACAUUUUGCUCAUGAAGAUGACCAAGUUAAUAGGACAAAAAAAGGAGGCCCACGCAAAGCUGAUGAGGGGUAGGGGGAGGAGCUUCCCACUGUGAUGAAGUGGGGGACCGAGGGGGGUCUGCCCUUUGACACGACCUGGUCACAUGAGAGCGGAAGCGCCGAAGGCCGCCGACAACACAGCAGGCUAAGGUUAUGACCCUGUCAGGCGGGUUGAAGGUGUGCCGAAAGAGAGAAUGAGCAUUUGCAACCGAGAGGGGGGUCAGUGUGCCGAGAUGGCCAUGGUAUGCCUGACAGACUUUGAGGAAUAUGCCAAGGAGCACCUGUCCAAGGCCACGUGGGACUACUAUGCCGCCGGAGCCGACGAGUGCUGCACCCGAGACGACAACCUGCUGGCCUACAAGCGGAUCCGCCUGAGACCUCGCAUCCUACGCGACGUGUCUGUGAGUGACACCAAGACUACAGUGCAGGGUAUGGAGAUCAGCUUCCCGGUGGGCAUCGCCCCAACCGCCUUCCAUUGUCUGGCGUGGCACGAGGGUGAGAUGGCCACAGCAAGAGCCACCGAGGUGCUAAACACGUGUUACAUCACCAGCACGUACUCCACUUGCUCGGUGGAGGAGAUCGUGGCGGCGGCGCCCAACGGCUACCGCUGGUUCCAGCUCUACGUGUACCGCGACCGCAAGCUGUCGGAGCAGAUCGUGCACCGAGUGGAGGCGCUGGGCUUCAAGGCCCUGGUGCUGACCGUCGACGUGCCCUACACGGGCAAGCGGCGCAACGACAUCCGCAACCAGUUCAAGCUGCCGCCGCAUCUCAAGGUCAAGAACUUUGACGGUGUCUUUCAGGUAAAUGAGACGGCGGGCCCGGAGGAGUACGGGAUCCCGGCCAACACUUUGGACCCGUCUAUUAGCUGGAAGGACAUCUACUGGCUGCAGUCCAUCACACGGCUGCCAAUCAUCAUCAAGGGCAUCCUGACCAAGGAGGAUGCCGAGCUGGCGGUGGAACACGGCGUCCAGGGCAUCAUCGUGUCCAACCACGGCGGGAGACAGCUGGAUGGCGGCCCGGCCUCGAUAGACGCCCUAUCUGAGAUCGUGGACACGGUGCAGGGCCGCAUCGAGAUCUACCUGGACGGCGGCAUCCGCACGGGCAGCGACGUGCUGAAAGCGCUGGCCUUGGGCGCCAAGUGCGUGUUCAUCGGACGCCCGGCAGUGUGGGGCCUCGCGUACAAGGGGGAGGAAGGAGUGAGGGAGGUGCUGCAGAUCCUAAACGACGAGUUCCGCCUGUCGAUGGCUCUAUCGGGUUGUCGCAAUGUGGCGGAAAUCAACCGGAACCUCAUCCAGUUCUCCAAGCUGUGAGCGACCUGCCAAAGGCAGGGAGACAUUUUUACUAACUAAGCCAAAACUUGUUUUUACUGUUUCCAACACAAAAGGGAGGAAAAUCAAAGUGUACACUGAAGCUUUGCACAUAAAACAUGCUCUUUGUGUUUUAAUAAAUGAUGACAAAGUGAUGACAUUCCA